AUCUCGUUUCCAAGAUUCAUAGCUACCCUGUGGACCUUCAGUGCUCUCGCCUCCUGCUUCAUCAUCUUCCGUCUCUACGUCCGCUUGUUGACUUACCGAAGACUCUUUCUCGAUGAUGCACUCGUCGUCGCCGCGUGGAUCACCACGGUGGCCACUGCUGUGAUGUGGCAGGUCGAAGGGCCAGUGCUGUAUCAUUAUUCGCCCGUCUUUGGGGGUCAAGUACUGCCGACGCUGGAGUUUCUCGAUGCCUAUCUACACCUGCAGGGCUAUAUGGUAGCUUGGCUCGUUCUAUUCUAUUCAGGACUCUGGCUGGUCAAGCUCUCCUUUUUGUCCUUUUUCUACACGCUUGGCGGGAAAAUGCGCACUCAUCGGAUCUGGUGGUGGGUUGUUUUUGGCUUCACCGUCGCCUGGUGGUUUGUCUGCAUCGGGAUUAUCGAUUAUCGGUGCCUCAUCAACGAUACUUCCUACAUCAUGACCCAUUGCGGCUCAACCGGCCAUAUCCAUAAAGACAAUCAGAUAAUCUACAUCAGCUGCGCAGGAGACAUCUUGACCGACCUUCUCAUUCUCUCCGUGCCGAUUUUUCUCCUAUGGGAAACCCAGCUCCCCCAGCGCCAAAAGCUAGUCCUGCUGUGCUUCUUCCUCAUCACAGUAGUGAUCAUGGCGAUCGCUCUCGUACGCGUGAUUUUGGGCGUCGACUACAGCCAGACUAUGGACAUCUCCUGGUUCUACUUCUGGUCGUCAAUGGAGAUGGGAGCCGCGGUUAUGGUCGCCUGCGCCGCAUCCUUCCGCCAACUCUAUAUCACCUCCCGCAACCGGCACUUGUUUGGUAGA